AUGUCUUCCGGACUCAACAUUGAAAACACCAACAUCAAGACUGCACCUGGUGUCAGUCUUGAGGGUGAUCAGAAGACGCUGGUUGGCAGUGUUCUUGAUCUUUUCGCCGGCCGCCCCAGUCUUGAGAAGCUGCAGCUCUGGAAGGAUGACGGUGUUUUCGAGGACCCCAUCACCAUUGCUCAGGGCCGCAAGCAGUACGAGGCACAGUGGUACGGUCUUCAGUCAGCAUUCAGCGAGAUUGAGAGAUUGAGCCACGAGGUCACAUCAUCUGGCAACCCCAUCAGCAUGAACAUGAAGACCCGUUACGUCGUCAAGGGUAUCGGCAAGGAACAGACCAUCUCAUCAGUGGUGAACAUCUUCCACGAGGGAGGCAAGAUUACCAAGGUCGAGGACAAGUGGGACGGCAAGCUUCCCGACGGUGCCGUCGCAAACGCAUUCCGCAACCUCAACUCGGUCACAGUUCCCAAGAUCAUCAGCGUGCCCAAGAACAAGGAGGAGGAUGCUGCCAGAGGCAACUAG